AUGGAUGACAUCAUCACGCAGGGCAAGUGUCUGUGUGGCCAGUACAUCCGCUGCCGGCUGAAGCGGCCCGGGCCUCGGAUCCGGAGCAUCUUCCUACCAUAUGCGCGACGAGAUGGAGCGGAUGUACCCGCUGAUCUUCGCCGGAAUCGCGUGCCGGUGCUGCUGAGCGUAAUCGCCCGCAACCUCUUCAAGGUGGACGUCACGUGGGGAAAGGUAGUGUGA